CUAAGUAGAUUAUUUCACUUAAAUCCAAUCUUCUGAAAGUGUCGGUUCAAAUUAAGCACCCUACAAUUCUCGCAACUCGCAGAAAAAUGUCCCGUAUUGUUUUCAUUCUUUUGCUGAAUUAUUUUUUAAUUUUUCGAAUCGUAUUUGGUUCCAGUCGAAAUAGUGAUUCGUGUACAGUGCAUGAUUGCAAUUGUAAUGUGCAAAUAGAAGUUGUUAAUGCUGAACUCGUCGACGAUGUGGAAAUGGCUGAUGUUAAUAUCGAUAUUAGAACAUCGGACAAUAAAAAGCCGUUACUUGCGAAUCGAGUAUCAAAAGCGUCUAGUUGUAUGGAAGCAGAACCGUCUACUUGUAUGGCAGUAAAACCAUUUAGUUGCAUGGAGGCAGCAGCUAAAAGCUGGAAAAGUGGCAUUUACCAAAUUCACUUGAAAAAGUUUAAUAUCUCCGACUUGGAGGUGUAUUGUGAAGAAGAUAUGGAAUUUGGGGGAUGGUUAGUUAUUCAACGGCGUCAAAGUGGCGCCAUGAAUUUUACUAGAGACUGGCAUGAGUAUAAAGAGGGAUUUGGCGAACUAACAGGAAACUAUUGGAUCGGUUUGGAAAAACUACAUGCGCUCACUAGCAGUUGCGAACAAGAGUUGUAUAUUCAACUGGAAAGGCGUAAUGGCGAAAAAUACUAUGCAAAGUACUCAGAAUUUCUUAUAGGGAAUGAAUCUGAGAGCUACAUUUUAAAGAACGUGGGUAAGUAUAAGGGAAAUGCGGGCGAUUCCUUAACACCUCAGUCAGGAUACAAAUUUUCAACAUAUGAUCGUGAUAAUGAUACUUGGGGUGGUGGAAAUUGUGCAAAGAAAUAUGAAGGCGGUUGGUGGUAUCACAUUUGCUAUAGAAGUCACUUAAAUGGAGUCUAUGGAGAUGAUAAUGCCGGUGUUAAUUGGUGUGCCAUAAAAGAAUAUGAAUCAUUGGCAUUUGUACAAAUGAUGAUACGACCAACGCAAAAUUGCUGGAGGCGUUUGAUGUUGAGCAAUUAAAAUAUAUGUAUCUAAAAUAAUAUUCAAUUUUAUGUUUCUAUUAACUAUUGUUGUGUGUAAAAUCAUGCAAUUAAGUAAUGUUGACUAUUAAUCUAAAAUCAUGAAAAGCAAUAUUUCUACGACAUUGAGCCUUACAAAUUACGAGAUUAAAAGUGUUCAUUUAAAA